GCACUUGUGCAGAACUGUCAAACGCAACAGAGAAAGACUGGAAACUUUGCGCUUAUGUCAUCAUCACCAUCAUCACCACCCUAACACUAAAACACGGCUCGACUGAUGUGUCAAUUACUUUAUUAUUUAGCGUUCAACCAUGGGACCUCGACUUAAAUUACGGAAACAACACUGCUGGUGCAUCUCGACUGGGAAUAUAAUCGGGUUUCCUCCUCAAACCUCUGCGUGCUGAAUGAAAACAGUCCGCCGAAGCCGUUGCUGACUAACCGUGGACUGGAAAAAUGUGAUUCAGGAAAUCAGGCGUAGUUUCGCUCGUCCGGUUGUUUACACAUUUUUCGGACGUUUCUGCUCAAGUAAAGUACAUUUUCAGAGAUCGUUGUUUGUUUAAUUGUGGGUCGGAUAGUGACACGUUGCGCGCUAAGCUAAUUUAGCAUUUAACUCGGGUGAUUUAAACGCACAAUAAUCCGUUUAGAAGACGCUGUAGCUUUAAAAGACGCACAAAUCCUACGCAGCGUUACAAAACACGGGAAAUAAAGUUACAGUGAACCUGAUUGUUUUACUAAAGUAGCUUUGGCCGGCCUGUUUUGGGAUCAAGCAUCUCCUUAAUUUCACGUUUUCUCUUGGGAUGUUUAAUGACGGGUGCAGGCGAUGACCUUCAGUGAAUAAAUCGGGUGUGUGUUAGUGGAGGAUCAUGAUGGCUCAGCAGGAGAAUGGACGUCGGUCGUCCGAGGACACUAUGAGUGUGAUGACUCUGGGCAGUCAGUUUGACGAGGAGAGCUCUUUCGGAUCGGACUCUGAGAUCAACGGCUUCACCAGCUCGAGACAAACUGACAAGUAUGGAUUCAUCGGAGGAACCCAGCAGUACUCAACCCAAUCGGCUCAAGAAGUGCCUCUGCAAGUGUUAAGGCACAGGGAAGUCAAAUGGUUGGAUAUGUUGAACCACUGGGACAGAUGGAUCAGUAAAAGGUUCAAGAAGGUGCGACUGCGAUGUCAGAAAGGAAUCCCGCCAUCGUUGCGAGGCAGAGCUUGGCUCUACCUGUCAGGUGGAAAAGUGAAAAGAGAACAAAACAGCGGGAAGUUCAAGGAGUUGAAUAGCAUGGAUGGAGACCCUAAGUGGGUUGAUGUGAUAGAGAGAGAUCUACACAGACAGUUCCCUUUCCAUGAGAUGUUUGUGUCCCGAGGAGGUCAUGGGCAGCAGGACCUGUUCCGGGUGUUGAAGGCUUAUACCCUGUACAGACCGGAUGAGGGUUACUGCCAGGCUCAGGCUCCUAUAGCAGCAGUGCUUCUGAUGCACAUGCCUGCUGAGGAUGCAUUUUGGGGGCUGGUUCAGAUUUGUGAGAAGUACCUCCCUGGAUAUUACAGCGCAGGCCUGGAGGCCAUACAGUUGGAUGGAGAGAUCUUAAAUGCGUUAUUAAAGCGCGUGAGCCCUCCAGCAUAUCGCCAUCUUGAGAAACACAAGAUAGAGCCCAUCCUUUACAUGACGGAGUGGUUCAUGUGUGCAUUUUCCAGAACUCUGCCCUGGUCGUCUGUGCUCAGAGUGUGGGACAUGUUCCUGUGUGACGGAGUGAAGAUAAUAUUUCGUGUUGGCCUGGUGUUGCUGAAAAGCAUGCUGGGAUCUCGUGAGAAACUGAAGGCUGGUCUUGGUCAGUACGAGACUAUGGAGAUUCUCAGGGCCCUGGAGCCACAAUACUUGCAGGAGGGCUUUCUCAUACAUCAGGUAUUAGAGCUGCCCAUAUCUUCUCGGGAUGUGGAGCGAGAGCACCGCGUGCAGCUCAGGCGCUGGCGGAAAACUCACGGCGAGCUCAGCUACAAAGCCCCUCCCAGAAUGCACGGCGCUCACGCCAUCAUGUCUGCCGAGCCACACACCCGCCAAGACCUCCGUCAGAAACCCACAAUCAUCGUCCAGUACCCCCUGCCCUCAGACACUAAAUCCGAAUUCGCUCGCGUCAAGAAGAGAAGCACUAUCCGAAAAGCCCCCAAUCCGAAAGUGGAAGUCACAAACCCGUAUGCCAUGCCAACAGACCCCAAACUAGCCUCUCUUAAUAAUCAAACACAAAAGACAGCUUCAAGCAAUCAGUCCAACCAUCCUCCUCCAUCACUACAGCAAUCCCACCUCACUACACCCGAAAACACACCCUCCUCUGAUCCACAACCACCUCAACCGUCUCCAAAUCUCUCUCGCACCCCACCACCUCCCCAACCCUCACCCAAACCCAACCCCGUACAUCCGACUGAAAUCCCUCCCUCCUCCAGCCCUGCAGUCACCGUCCAGCCACUCGCUCUGCCUAAAGACUCGAGCAACUCCAACAACUCCGCCCACCUGACAGAUCCUCCACCCACUACAGACUCCACUCCGCUUCCUCCAGACGACACGCCUGUGAACGGCAGCUCGGUCGCUGAUCCCAGAGUUCCUGGUUUACGUAACUCGAGUGAGAGUGUGGGUUCAGAAGACACGUACCUGUAGCUUUCCAGGUCAGCAUUCAGGGAGAAAACAGUAUUGGGAACCAGCAUUAUGCAUGAGAACAAGAUGGGAGGAAAAACUAUGAAUGUAUUUUGAUUUUCUUUGGGUGAGGUGACAAGAAUCCUUGCAGUCAGUAUCUUGCACCCAUUAGAAUAUAAAAAGCUUAAUGACAAGGAUCAAAUGACUUAACACUUUGGUGUCUAUGCACACAAACCUCCUUUUUUCUCUGUGCUGGUCCAUAAUUGACUCUACAGUCUUUGUGUUACAGUGUUCAAAAAAUCUGACUAUUAGUUCUUCCAUUAUUCCUCAAUCAUAAGCAGAACAGACUUUAUAAUCAAAUAUGUUUGGCUAGUUAUUGUGUUAUUCGCUGCUUACCAAUAUAAGGUCACAUUGCAA